AUGGCGGCCGGCGCGCGGGCGGCCGCCUGGCGACACGCCCUGCAGCUCUUGCAGGUCGCCACCUGUCGGCGCUUGCAGCCCACACUGCCCUCGUUUCUGGCGUUGAUGGAGGCGCACAGCACCUCUUGGCCUCGAGCGCUGCACCUCAUGGAAGGAGAAAACAUGAGGGCGCCGCUGAUGGGAAAGAUGAACGGGAGAGACAUGCCCUGGGAAAAUGCGUUCGCCCUGGUCCGCACCUCACAGCAGCAAGCGCCGUCACUUUCGCGGGACUGGCCACUGCCGGUGGGGCCUUGGCAGCGGGUUUGCCUGGUGACUGCGGAAAGCGCAGAUGAAGGUCGGCGCGGCUUCUUCAGCUGCUUGGCGGCGGACCAGCUGCCGGCGGCGGCCAACUUGCUGCGCCUCGGCGUCGAGCCGCCAUUGGCGCUGCGGGGGGCGCUCUUGGCGCGCUAUGAGGCGAAGGGCCUUUGGAAGCCGGCUCUGGCGCUGAUCCAGGAGUGGCCCCAGGGUGAUGCCAAGAUGUACAACUCCCUGUCCUGCCUCCUCCCCUGGCGCCACGCCCUCUGCGCCGAUUUCGAUUUCUCCGCGCCCUCGGUGCUGCCGCGGCUGCGCUGGGCCCAAGGUCUGGCGCUGCUGGCGCGCCUGGCGGCCCAUGGCACGCGCCCUGCGGCAGCCGACUGGGAUGCCGCCAGGAGCACUCAGCCCUGGUUCUUCGCGGUGUCGUUGGCGCGUUUGCACGGUCUGGGCGCGGGACUGCGGAGCUGCCGGCGGGACCAACGCUGGCAGAGCGGCACAAAGCUCCUGGCCCAAGCCGCUCAAGGCGCCUUGGUGCCCAACGCAAUCUGCUGCAGCACAGCUAUUGCCGCGGUGCAGGAGUUUCGGCACUGGGAGUGGGCCACAGAGAUGCUUCACGCUUGGAGAGCGCGUGGGUUCGAAGCGAACGAGCACUGCUUCAACGCGAUGAUCAGCUCCUGUGACAAGGCCCGCGCCUGGCCUCAAGCCCUGCAAGCCAUGCUGGUGAUGCGCCUUGUCCGGCUGGCGCCGGACGAGUACAGCUUUGCGGCCACCAGCUCGGGCUGUGAGAAAGCGGGUCGCUGGAGAUGGGCGCUGCACGUGUCGCCUUCCGGGAGUGAGGCGGGGCGGACGGCGGCACUCAGGGCGUGCGCGCAGUGCGGCAUGUGGCGCUCGGCCUUGGAUCUCUUUGCAGAUUUGUCCACGACGGCCGUGGUCCUUGUGGACCCCUUGUUGCGGGCCAUUUCAGCGGCAGCAACGGCCUUGUCUUCUUGGAAGCUGCGGGAAUGGUUGCGGCAAGUGGAGCUAGAGGCUGCACGCCUUUGCGAGAACCCCCGCUCCGGCACCUUUCUCGGCGGCCGAAAAGCCGAGCGCGCUCGACUCAUGGCCCUGGAGCUGUUGAGGGACGAGGGCCACCUCUCGGCGGAGCUGCUGCUGCGCUGCCGAAGGUACGCUCCUCUUCCAACAGCCCCGCCCGCUUUGCCAGCCUUUUGGUGCCCCAGCGCCGCACAUUGGGCGAGGCGCCAUGGGUGGACGGCAAACGCGCUGUCCGCGGAGCUUGUAGCGUGCUGGACCUGCAGCGUUUUUGCCGGCGAGGUCGAGGCCAGGGUGGUUGGCCAUGGGGAGGAGGAGGACGGCGCAGCCCCGCUGAAGGCGGUAGCUGUGCAAGGAUGGCAUUGCACCGUGGUGGUCAAAAUUGGCCUGGCUCCGAUGGCGCUAGCCACGGAGGAGUCGGACGCCAGGACGGCCUCGGUGAUUUUCUACGCGAGCCGCCGUUGCCCUUACGUGCAAAGGGUGUGGAUUGGCCUGGAGGAGAAGGCGGUGGAAUACGAGUGGGUAGAGAUUGAUUUGUACCGGAGGGAUGGGAACAGCCACGGUCGGUGGCUGUUACCUUUACAGGAGCUGAAGCAGCAGUAUCCCGCCUUUGUGGCCACCUCUCCGCGCGGCCAGCUUCCGGCGCUAGACCACGGGGGAGAGCAGAUGUACGACUCCACGGUGCUCUUGGAGUACGUCCAUGAGGUCUUUGCGGGGCCGCCACUGCUGCCAAGCUCGCCAUACUCCCGCGCCAAGGUUCGCCUCUGGAGCAAACAUGUGGACCUGCACAUCGUGCCCAACUUUGAUAGGCUCUUGGCAGCUCACGAUCCUGAGACUCGGGCCAUGGCGCGGGAGGACCUGCUGCAGGCCUUGUCUCAGUUCGAGGCUGCCAUGGCACCACUCGCAAAAGGCCCGUUCUUCCUGGGGGACGACUUUUCCAUGGCGGAUUGCGUGCUGGCGCCCUGGUGGCAGCGCAUGUGCACGGUGCUGCGGGCAUAUCGCAAGUUUGAUCCCUCCACCUUCUCAAGGCUUCAAGUGUGGUUCGAGGCGGUGGAGGCGCGGCCCUGCUUUUCCAAAACCGCUAUGGACCCGGAGAAGCUCAUCGAGGAGUUCUCGUAUUGCGCAGACCCCGAUGUGGAGGAGGGCGUGCGCUUCUCCCGACGUGGCCUGCGCAAUGGGAGCCCCGUCGUGGCCACACAUCGGAUGCGGGGCCUGCAGCGCCUGCUGGCGGAAGCCUCCAACUUGCGACAGCUCCAGGCGCUGCUGCAGGAGACCCUCGGCUGUUUCAGCCUUUGCACAGGCCUGGCAGAUGGGCUUGCCAUGUGGCCGGCCUUCGCCCACGCCACCGCCUGGCACCGCUUAGCCAAGCUGAGCGGCGGGAAGGCCACGAAGUUGGAGGUGCAGCGCCUGAACGAGGCUCUGGUCGACAUUGGUGUUGCCAACUUCGACGCCCGAGGCUGCGCCAACGUCCUCUACGCCUGGGCCAAGCUCCGCAACGUGCACGGGCCCUUGGCGGCACUUUGCGCGCAGACCACGAAGCUGAUCUCAGAGUGCAAGGCGCAAGAGCUCUCGAACGUCUUUUAUGCUCUGGGCCUCCUGCGCCAUCGCGAGGCAGCGCUUUUGGCUGCGGCUUGCAAGGAGGCCCGCUCCAGGAGCGGAGUGCUGGAUCAGGCGGUGAGACUUCUUCAUUUGGGCUCCUCCCAAGUGGCGUCAUAG